GAUUGUUUCCUUAGCAAAUUUAUCAGUGUGAUGCUGAAAUAUCAAAUUAGUGCAACUUAUUAAAGAAACAAUGUGUUGUGGUGCGCUAGUAUAUUUUCUUCCCACCUUCUACACUGCAAUCAUUUGGUUAUCAAUUAUGUAAUCAGCAAGAUAUUACUUAACUUCUUUAGAGUGUUAGUCAACUUAGUCAUGUGAGCUGCUAUAUUUGAUAUAAUUUUUAUGUUCCUCUUUGGUCGAAGAAAACACUUGAUAGGCAACUUGGACCUGCAUCUUUGUCUCAUGAUGGGAGUGACGAUGUUGAUCCUAAUCAGCAUGAAAAUGACAUUGAACUUCAGUUGCUACGCAGGCCAGAAUUAUGGUAUUUGUAAGAGUUAUCAACUAUCAGCAUGUGCUGGAAUAUCAGUAGAGAGAAUGGAGAAAUUGCUUUUCAGUGCUAGAGUGCCUCUUUCCAUGCAACAGCCCGUGUGGAUGGAUCAACCUACUACCUUUCAGGAAAUCACUGCAGACACCACAAUUGAUAUUCCAGAGGUGGGCGUAUCAAAGCAGCUGAUGAGACAACAUGUUCGAAAUCUCUUGAGCGUGCUCAACCCUAGGGAGAGGAAGAUAAUUCGUUCAAGGUUUGGCAUUGAUGAUGGCAAUCAGAAAACCCUGUCUGAAAUUGGUGCCGGUUUUGGAUUAUCAAAGGAGAGAGUUAGACAACUUGAAAGCCGAGCGCUGUACAAGCUCAAACAGUGCCUAAACAGCCAAGGGCUUGAAGCUUAUACAGAUAUGCUCAUCUAGUCUGCAUAUAUAUUGUUUAAAGGGCUGUGUAUUAUAUUUGCUCACAAUGUGGCACUCCUGCUUAUGAAUGUACAUAAAACUGCCACUAUUUUUGCUUUUC